GGCCAGGGGCGCGCAUGCGUGUGGCGUGCUCGCUGGUUUAACCCGCGCUCACGGGCCGGAGGAGCGCGAACAGCUUCGAGGCCCGGGUCUCUACAGAAAGGAAGCCAUUGCUGUCCACAGCCACGAGGAGCCCAGGGUGGGGCUCGUUAGGAGAGAAGAGGGCCAUCAUGGACCCUCGGGGACCGGUCUCUCAGCCUUUCCAGCAGCUUGAGAAAUCUGGUCGUAUCCGGCGUCGCAAAACUAGGAGGGAGCGAAACAAGGCCCUGGUGAGUGGCUGUCGGCCACUGGCCCGUCAGGAUCCUCCCGCGUCCAGUCGGGAUCCAUCUGUGACCCUCCAGGAUCCUGUGGCUUCUGCAGUCCCCAAGCUUGUCGUCAUAACUCAAGGCAGAUUGAGCCGGGAGCACCGGGGUCUCUUCAACCAUGAAGUGAAAUCCCUGGAUGUGGCCCGGCUGCUUAACAGUGGCUCCUUGGAACCAUGUACCCCCCCACUGCCCACAAAGUCCUCCUGCAGCCCAAGCAGAGUCCAAGAACCAGCCUUAGAGGCAAGAGGCAAGGAGAACCAGGCGCCGGGAGGUGUCGACUCAAGCCCACCAAGUUCCCCGGAGCUCCCUGUGCUGGGGCGACUGCUGGAGGAGCUGCAGUGCCAGCUGAUUCUGCCACAAGCCUUCCCUACGAGGGACCUAGUGCAGGAGUCCAGGGAUGCCAUCCUAAGGACCUUGCAAGGCUGCCAUGGCUGCGUGCCGGAUCUUGCCCUGGUGCUCCGAGGUGGUCGGUCACCCUUGCCUGAGACGAAGCCUAGGGUCCCCGAGAGACGGAGGAAGACACCUUCUGGUAUGGAUGUUCCUGAGCAUGCUCCAAGGGAGGGGAGGCAAAGGACUCAACAGGGGACGAAGGGGGUUAACUUUGCCGUGUCUCAAACUUGCAGCAGCAACCCUUCACACAGGGCCAGCCUGGUGCCACCUAUAGAUCACCAGCUGCCCAUCUUGCCCUCAGUAUCUUCACCAUCUGGGGUCGCGUGCGGUCCCCCAACAGCGUUUGAUAUGCUGAAAAGCAUCUGGCUCAUAGCCACCCCACCCCAGCCCCAGCCCCGGGAUGUCUGCCCACCUCAACCUCUACCUCAGCCGCCGUCACCCUUGCUGCCCCGAACAUCUGGCAAUAAGGACUUGGACUGGAGCCCCGACCCUCCUGCCCCACUGCUCAGCCUCUCCUGGGUGGUGACUCAGAGGAGUCCAGAGUCUUGGUCCUUCCCCCCAAUGAAGCUAUACUGAGGAGACGAUGGGUAGGGCUGGGGGCAGGUAUCCCGUACUCCCAGUCACCUCAAUAAAACACCGUCUUGGUCCUCUUGA